CAUGGACCCAGACAUGAUUUCAUCCCACACAAUGACACGUCCAUCCCACACGGCGUUCCUAUGGCAGAACCUGCUUCUGAAGCAGAUUUUGUGCAGCUCCGCGUGUGCCAGCUAAAAGCAGCUUGCAAAGCACGGGGGUUAGAAACAGCAGGGAACAAAGCCCAACUUACAGCGAGACUUGUUGAGCACGGGGGAUCUUUGAAAGAUGAGGUUUUGGCGCUGCGGCAGACUUAUGCUGGUGGUUCGCCAAUUCGUGUCCAGUCCAAAUUGAAAAGCAAAAAAACAGGAUCAACCAGGCGCGCCACUGGCCCCAAAAUUUGCCACGAAGACUUUUGCAGACUUCUUUUGGCCAUAGAAGAUGGUUCUUUUCGCUGUUCUUGUGGCGAAUCAUUGCGGCACCGCAAUGGCCGGUUUGGUCUUUUUCUGAUUUGUGGAUGUGGCCACAUCGAAAGACUGGAGAAAGCGGUCGCGCGCAUGCAGGUUCAGGACCUGGAGGAUCCUGUGACGCUCACAGUGGAGCUGGAAAGCUUCGACAUGAUACGCGUCCACGCCAAAGGGGCUCGGGACUGUGGGCAGUUGCGCGCUUGGGCAGAGGAGGCUCAGUUUGGUGAGCCGGUGCAGGAUUGGGAGGAUCCGAGCUGGGUCUUCUACGGUGCAGAGGUGGUGGCACGAUCCGGGCGCGUGGAGCGUGUGGGCUACGUUUUUGAUCAUCGACAGAUGGACAUGGCGCUGGAGCGCUUGAAGGCAGUGACAGACCGUGUGGAACAUGCAACAGGAAAACGAGGGAAGCUCGUUCGAGUCGACCAAUUGCCAGUGGCAGCAGCACAAUAUCUCCAUGGAAAAUCCUGGAUGCCAACGGCUAAGUGGGCCGCUCAAGUCCUCGAUGACGCUGACAGAUGCUGGAGAGACUGGACUUCCAAGGUUCAACUCUCGGGGGAGGAACUCAUGAACUUGUUCCGGCAAAGGAGCGCACUCUGGGAGAGGGACCUGGUGCAGGUGGCAGUCGCAGCUGGUGUGGCGACAGAGGAGGAGUUGGACUGGCAGGAGCUCUUGCGAAGAGAGGUCUCCAAUCCACCUGAUGCCACCUUCCAGCUGGCAAGUCGGGAGGCCAAACGCCUUUGCCAAGCGGCGCUUUCACGCGCCUCGUGCCUUUCGAGGCUAAGAAACUUUCAAUGGGAAGGGGUCCGUCGGGCUUUGGAGCUGGGUGGUCGUUGCCUGAUUGCAGAUGAAAUGGGAUGUGGAAAAUCAGCGCAGGCUCUUGGUGUUGUUGCAGCCUACGACUUGUGGCCAGUCCUGAUCAUUUGCCCUGCAUGCAUGCGUCUGGUGUGGGCUGAGGAGUUGGAAAUAUGGCUUCCAGCAAUCUUGCAACCUCGUCAUGUUCAUGUCAUUUACUCCUCCAAUGACAUGCUACCAGCGAAUCGGGAUCAAGGUGGCCUGGGCGAUAUACGGGUGGUCAUUGUGUCUUAUGCAAUGGCGAGGCUGCUUUUUGAGAACCUCAGCAAACGCCCAUGGCGUUUGGCAAUCGUUGAUGAGUCCCAUGCCCUGCGCAUGAUCAAUGGAAAGGCAGGGCAAGCCACUCGAGCUGUACUGGAAUUGCUGAAGCCUAUCCCACGCGUUCUUCUCCUUUCCGGCACUCCUUCACGCUCAAACUACCUGGAUAUCUUCACCCAGGCGAAUUUGUUGCGUCCUGGUUUGCUGGGAGAGUCCUUUCAUAGCUUCGCCCGUGACUAUGAUGAGCCCAUUUUGUCCUCAUCCAGUCACCUCCUGCCAGGGCGUUGUCGGCGCAGCUGGCAGCUGGCACUUUUGUUGCGGGAUGCGAUCAUGGUGCGUCGCAGGAAGAGCCAGGUUUUGGAGGAUUUGCCGCCCAAGCACCGGCGCCUCGUGCGCCUGGCACUGACUGCCGCUGCAAGCGGCCUGUGUGAGGCUGAGACUUCGGCUUCGACGGACUUCGAACGCUGCGGGCUGCUGAAGCUGGUUGCAGCAGAGAGCUGGUUGAAAGAAAAGCUGGUGAGCCACUGCGGAGGUGGCCAGAAAGCAGUGGUUUUUGCCCACCAUAUCCGAGUUCUGGACCGUCUUUGCAGAGUCAUGGACCUCGACUCAAUUCGCAUUGACGGUUCGACACCACCGAUCACGCGACAAAGCCUUCUAUCAAAGUUCAUGAGCAAGAAUGGGCCUUCACUGGCCUUCAUCGGAGUCACAGCGUGCGCCGUGGGGGUUGACCUCUCGGCUGCGUCCCUGGCCAUCUUCGUCGAGCUGCCGCCGGACGCCUCGUGGCUGCUCCAGGCCGAGGAUCGCUUGCACCGGCACGGACAACGUCAGGCCGUGGACAUCCUCCUCCUGCUCGCCGCGACCACUCCCUCCGACCGGGCGGCGCCGCGGCGUGCGGCCCGCGGCGCCCGCGCGGCCGCCUGGACCGGCGCCGAGACGCGCCGCGCGAUCGAGGCCGAAGAGAAGCGCUGGGCACAGCUGCGGACCCGGCUUCGGGAGGUCACUGCCUUGCAUGAGGCCGCCAGUGGACGAAUCAGUGGAUCUGACCAGCCCAGCAUGUCGAGCGCAUGUGCUGGCGCUAUGUCGGGCGGUAGAUAUUCUUCAGGUGAAUGCUUUGAGUUCACCUUUGAGAUGUCACCACACACUCAAAGGCUUCAUCCCUACAUGAAUGGGCAGCCAAUGGGUUUCAGCUUGAGGGAACAGGACGAGAUUCUGGACAUGCCUUCGUUGGACCAGCGCAUUGCAGAGGUGCUUCAGCGAGAAGCCGCAGAGUUUCGAUCCAGUUGGAGCCAGCUCAGUCCCUACCAGCAGAAGUUGGCAAAAGGGAAAGCCCACAAGGAGGACAUUUGCGGCCUUCAUCUUUACAGCUGCGUCUUGAUAUGGGAUCUCCUCUUUGCUCCUGAAAGAGGGUGCCCCAUAUUGAGGCCCAGAACAUCCAAAUGCAGGCAGCGCCUCCCUUGACGGGUUCUCGUGUGCGCUUCAACCCAACCAUCACAGGUGAUGAGGCCAAAGCUUUGCCUCGCUGUGAAGUGAGCGUGCGAUAUACGCAAGGUCGCCUGGGCGGCCAUACCUUGAAAUUCUUCCAGCCAAUCUCCGAUGGGAGGCUUCUUUGCCUGGAAUGCUUGAAACCUUGUGAGGCUCACACAGUGAGACCCGAACUGGUGACUUCGUUCACUGCUUCGGACGGUGAGCAUGUGACGCACCAGGCUUCCUCCACGGAGACUGACCUUUUUUGUGCUGGCUCCUGCAGGGCGCGCUUCUUUGGGAAGCGCAAUGAGAGCAGUUUGCGGCGGCAGCUUUUUGAUUUGGAACGGGGAGUCUGUCAGAAAUGUGGUGCGGACUGUCAUGAUCUAUGGCAAACUUUGCUAGCUUCCAGCCCGGAGAGACGCAAAAAGCGCUUGGAGGAGGUGGCACCUGGCUUGAAGUCGCCAUCAAAGGUGACUGAGGGCUCCCUGUGGCAAGCAGACCACGUGGUGCCUGUGUGGCGCGGGGGUGGUCUUUGUGGCCUCGAGAAUCUACAGACGCUUUGCACAGCGUGUCAUAGUGAGAAGACCAAGAAGGAGGCUCAAGAGCGCAAGGAAGGGCGAAGAUGUGCGAAGCCCAAAUUGAAGAUGGUGACGCCACAGCGUCCUGCGCACAGCCGCACUGUGCGCGAGAAGUCCAAGGCAAAAACUGCGCCGAAAAUAUCCCAAGCAUCUCUGACCUGGGACAGAGAGCUCAAGGGCAAGCGGAUUUGCUUCGAUUUGACUGAAGACGAGCCGCCAAAAGUGCCGA